AUGGCCCCACGCGCGGAGGGAGUCCUGGUGAUCGACUUGACGGCGGUGGCAGAGGAGGAGGAGCAGAAGAAAGAUCACAGUACGGCCUACGCACGGAGGGAGUCCCAGAUCGAUUUGACAGCGCAGACAGAGGAGGAGGGCGAGGGUGAGAAGGAAGCUCAAGGUGUUGAUGGCCCACGCGCGGAGGGCGUCCCGGUGAUGAUCGACCUCACGGAGGAGAGCAGCGAUGAGGAGGAGGUCAGGUGGGUGGGGCAGUACUCGUCGACCCAGAGCAUCCUGCUCGUCGGCGAUGGCGACUUCUCCUUCUCCUUGGCGCUCGCCACCGGCUUCGGCUCGGGCGCCAACCUCGUCGCCACUUCUCUCGACUCCUACGUCAAUGCAAAAACGAUGAAGCUACACACUGAUCUCAAGAUGAGGCGGUUUGACAGGAUUAUUUUCAACCUCCCCCAUUCUGGGUUCAAAGGGAAAGAAGACCAACCACAUAUGAUCAACUCACACAGGAAACUUGUGAAAGACUUCUUCCGCAGUGCAAGUCUCCUGCUCCGACCUGAUGGGGAAGUUCAUGUCAGCCACAAGACGAAGAACCCAUACAGAAAAUGGAAUCUCGAAGAGCUCGCCUCAGAGUUCGCUCUCUUUCUGGUUGAGCAAGUUGACUUCCGCAUCCAGGAUUAUCCUGGCUACAACAACAAAAGGGGGGACGGGCUGCAGUGUGAUCAGCCUUUUCUACUAGGCAAGUGCAGCACUUUCAAGUUCAAGAUCGGAGACAUUAAGAAUAUGAAAAGGGUGCGCAAGCUUGGUCCGAUGGCAUACAGUGGGAACAGCAGGAAUACCCAUUUCAGCGAUCAUCAAAUCGGUUUCAGUCUUUUUAAUCCAGCUCUACUCGUUCCAGAAAUGCCUCCGGCUUAUGUUCCAUUUCACAUGCCUAGCGUGCCUGUGUCCUCAGAAUUCUUCGUCCAUGAAGCUGUUCCAUGGUGGUAUACUGGUAUCGUCCAGCAGAAGCAGGUUGCAUCCCCCAGCCGAUCGGGAUCAGCUAUACUGCAGGCACCGUUCCUUGGUGUCAUCCUUGGAAUCGGCAUCCUUGGACUUGGGGCAGCUCUUGGACUUGGUGAGGCCGUGCAACUGCGGUAG